AUGGCCUACCAAACCACCACGUCCUUCCACCAAGUGAAUCCCGCGCAAUACUUCGCGCCCCACAUGCCUCCUCGACUCUAUACGGAGCUUAGAGUCGGUAGUGGUCGCGUCAUCCCCACAGAGUUCACUCCUCCGCAUCCAAAUGACACGCCGCAGUCAUUGUUCCCACAUUGCCCAAAAGUCACAGCAACGGACCGAGUCCACCUGUUCAUUCGUCUGAAUCACGACAACCGAUCCGUCGAGGAUGAAUUCCUCAUCUUAACAGACGGCACGUGUAUGGACAACGACAGACCGAACGCCAGAGCGGGUUGUGCCUUUGUUUACAACGAGUCUGCAUCUGGUUACGCACGCUUUCCUCUCGAGUACAAAGGGCCCAUUGGCCAACAGCACACGCUGACAAAGGACCGCGCGCAGAUUCGCGCCGUCAUUGCGGCUCUGAGAUAUCGAGACUGGGCUAUGGAUGGCUUUAGUCGUUUGAUCAUUGCGACAGACUCGAAAUACGUGGUGGACGGUAUCAUGAGAGAGCUGGGUUACACGUGCUGGGGACCAAUCAGGAAUCGGGACCUUUGGGAGUGUCUUCUCGGGGAGGUGGAAAUGUGGGAGGAGAGGGGGAUGAGCGUUCAGUUUUGGCGGGUUCCUAGAACGUCGAACAUGAAAGCGGACCGUCAUGCCAAAACAGCGGACAGACAUCGUGAGUUUACCGAUGUCGCUGGUAUCAGCAAUGUUUCUAUCUAG